GCAUGCGCACUAGGACGCCGCUUGCUUUGAGUAGAAAUGAUGGCCGUCCCGAUGCAGACAGACGAUUUUCCUUAUUUACCUUCGGGCCCCGCGGAAGUAAAUAAGAUGAUAAUGGAGCACGGCGACCUGUUUUCUGACUCCCAGUGUAAAGUCUGCAGCGCUGUCCUCAUUUCAGAGUCUCAGAAGUUGACUCAUUAUCAGAGCAAGAAACAUGCCAACAAAGUGCGGCGUUAUCUCUCCACCCAGACCGAGAAGGAGCCGGCGGUGAAGAAGUUCAAGUCGUCGUCGUCCGAGAGCGAGGACUGUAACAAUGGAGACACCGACCGGUCGAAGGCGUGUCGCGUCUGCAACAUGACCUUCUCCUCUCCUGUGGUGGCCGAGUCGCACUACCAGGGCAAAGUUCACGCCAAGAACCUGAGGCUGAAAGCCGUCGGUCCCCAACCCCCAGCAGUAGCCUCCCAAACGCCGGCCACGCCCCCGGCGAAGAAGAAGCCUGCAGACGAUUCGAGCGCCGUGACGGCGACGGGCGGCGACAACAACAGCAACCCGGACCGCUUCUGCUCCAUCUGCCAGGCCUCCUUCAACAACCCGCUCAUGGCCCAGCAGCACUACGUGGGCAAGAAGCAUAGGAAACAGAUGACCAAGCAGAAACUGAUGGAGACGUACGGCCCGUCCACCGCGCCAGCUUCCACACUAAAGGGCUACCCGUGCACCAUCUGCAGCAUCGAGCUGAACUCCGUGGAGCAGUACCAGUCUCAUAUUAGUGGCGCCAAACACAAGAACCAAGUGAAGAAAUCCGGCCUCAACACCGUAGAGAACCCGGACGCAGCAGAAGAAUUGUUCAAGGCUGACGUCCAGUACGCCGCCGAGGAUAACCAGUACGCCGCCGAGGAUAACCAGUACGCCGCCGAGGAUAACCAGUACGUCACCGAGGAUAACCAGUACGUCACCGAGGAUAACCAGUACGCUCCAGAGGACACGGAGUACUCAGAGGAGAACCAGUUCACUUGAGGCUAGACUGGUAGAGACUGCAGAGGAUUCAGUCCGGACUUGGAAUGACACAAAACAACCAGCCCCCUUUAACACAUUAACAUCAAAGCCCCCCCACCCCCCCCCACCCCCCCCACCCCCCAGACAGUCACCCUGGACCCUGAAAUACCCCAACGUUGUAUUUUAUCAUUGAGUUCCCAACUGAAACGGUUCAAGUUUCCUCCUAAAAGGCCCAAACGCAAUGAACGCGUCUCACCUGACACAGAUUAGAACACCACAUAACCAGCAGUAUUUUUAGGAAAAGGGUUUUAUUUAGGCAGUGUUUUUUUUUGUUCAUAACAGAUGCCCUUUAAGGCCUCAUCUUUUAAAAUGAUUGAUAUAAGAAUCUUACGCUUAAAGUGGCUGAUGGGGAAAUUGGCAUCACGCCAUCUGCUCUAUAGAAGAUGUAUCACUCUGUUGGAGUGUAGCGGACUACAACAAAACACUCGGUGUCGUACUGUGGCGUUAGAGUGACGCCUCUCUCACCUCUUAAACAAUCUUUGGUCCUGCAGGGAGCACGCAAACCCCACAGCGGUUUAUUUCGGUCUGCCAUCGAGUUAGAAAUGGAAUUUAUGUUAGUGACAGCUGAUGCGACCUGCCGCAGACGACGUGUGUCAUUUUAUCCAGUGAAAGCAACCGUAGUGUUAUUAAUAUUAAUAUUAUUAAUGUAUAAUAAAAACGUCCUCUAGGGGGGUAAGAAUUCUUUCCUUUUUUAGGAACAGGUGCUGCAGAAGAAGAAGAAAAAGCUUUAGUCACUGGCUCCUCAUCUGAUGCUCCACAAUCAAAACUAAUAUAGAGUAGGUGCGUCAAACUGCUUUUGGUGCUUUUUUUUGGCUCUUUUUUUGUCUCUUUUUUUUAACAAUAGGUGUGUCGGAUGCUUUCUGUGCGUUUGGGCCUCCAGGGAAACGAGCUUCUAAGGUGGUAGAACGUCUUCUGUCAGACACCUGCGUACGGACUGGAAAACAUUCUCUCCCUGUCGGUGUACAUUAGGGCCGGGUAUCAUCAUCAAGUCUGUCGGCAUUUAAAAACAUGUUGUUUUCCUGCAAAUCCAAAAUGUUGCCUAAACAAGGACUUUGCCAAAAUUAAACGUUAAAGAGCAACAUUCUUGACGGUGUAUGUCGGCUCUCUAUACUCUGUGCUACUGACAGAGGAUCAACCCAGCCUUCGUGUAAAUUCUAGGCGUCCCGUUCACGUUCUUUGGCCCUUACGUCCAUUUCAUAACUCCAGUACUUGUAUUUACCUAAAUGUUGAUUCGAUAACUAUAAUCUGGCACAUUUAAAAUACCAUAUGUAGACUUAUACAUGUUAUUGUUCACAAGCCACUUGAUCCAAAUACGUAUUACGGCCCUGGUUAAAAGCAAUUCCAAACCUAAAUUAUCGAUUUUAAUUUGGAUGAGAAUCUGACUGCUUGAAAUUGAUUAGGAUUGACGCGAUCGGCUGAAUCGUUUAACGAGAAGAUGUCUCACUCUGUUGGAGUUUUGUGUGUGUGUGUGUGUGUGUGUGUGUGUGUGUGUGUGUGUGUGUGUGUGCAGAACCUCAGAGUACUGAAGAAAAUGAUUGGAUUGUUAUUGGCUGUUAUUUAGCCAAUACCGAUGCAUUAGAAUAUAGAUUCUUAGGAUCCACUCGGGACAUCUGUAUUAUAUACAUCGAGGAGAAGAGUUUUAAAGUUUGGAGACAGCAGGGUAUUGUAAUCAUUUAGCCCCCCGCUAAUAUCUAACUAAUACAUCUAGUACCAGAUUAAAGCAGAGCUGCUUUCCGCUUCCCGUUUCUCGGUCUCCUCCUCAGCUGAAUAUAGUUGGUUUGCAUCUCCAGUGAAUGUAUUUAUUGAAACGUGUCCUCUUCCUCUGCUUCCUGCAAGUUUUGAGCAUCUCCUGAAGCCCGGUGUCGAAGGCGAAGCGCCGAAAUCGAACUUUAUGCGCGGCCGGACGAGUCACUGCAGCCAGUUUUGAUCUCGCUGUCCAGGCGGCUGGAAAGAGAACCUUCUGUCCAGAUACUGGAUACGGUUUGUAAAAACUGAUGAGUUGAAUUUGAUGAGCGUUGUUUUACAGUUUUUUCUUUUUAUCUGUUUUUUAUUUUAAAAAAAAUUAUGAUUUCUCUUGUUAAAUUCCAAAAGGCUGACUGUCUCCAGAGCCUUUCCAUGGACAUGUUUACUUGUUCUGCGUAAACGAUUCAGUACCAGAUUGUGAAUUCACCAGAUUUCCUUCUUUUUUUUUUAUGUUCAGUCUGGACGGAGCUGAUAUUUCAGUUCAUAAUUCUUUAUUUACUUAUUCUUGUUUGCAGAUUUACUGUAAGACAACCCCAAUUUGAUUAAGAUUAAUUGUAUCAUGCAUUCCUGUGAGACGUUACAUUUACAUAAUAUCUGUAGGAUGCACAGGUGGUUUUAUCGGAGACUCGUCAUUAAUGCAGCUAAAAGGGUUAUCGUGAUCUCAGAGAGCCUAAAUUUAGAUGCUCUUCCGCUUGAAAAAAAAAACACCAGAAUUUGUCAACAACAACAAGCAUUUUGUAAAGGUUGAUGUCAUUUUAUAAAAGUUUCAGGAGUCUGGAUAGUGUUGGUAACAGAAAUGGAGAGAUGGAAGGGAUUAUGAUGAAAAAAAAUAUAUAUUGUCCUCAAGUGCAGUGGAUCUGUAAACAGCUGUGAGCUUAAAGCAUAAGCUUUUUUUGUACAGUUGAGUUUUGGUUUACUGAGAGAUUUUUAAAUACUUUCCUUCUGAGUUCUGGGCUUUGUAAACUCUAGAAGAGGCCGAUAGAUGCUUUCUGAGCUCUGUAAUAAUUGCUGUCAAUAGCAGAGAUUUUCAACAGUAAUGUCAAAUUAGAAAGUGAUGUCAAUAUUAGAAUGUUUUUUUUUUUUCUUUCUUGUUCAUUUGUUCUAAUAUAAAACAGUCGGUUGAAUAUUUCAGUAUUGAAUGUCUUUCAACCAUGUUGUUGUUUUUUUUUCAAAGAGGGCUCAUACAUACUGUAUCGUUCAUGGUGUAUAGAAGACAAAUGGCCUUUUUUUUGGGGGUUUUCACCCUCAGCCUUUGUGUGUUUGGCGUUUUGUGAUUUAAGAUUUAUUUUCAAUAUGUUGUGUAUAACUGAGGGAGAAAAAAAAAAUUGCAGCAAAGAUGUGCAUAAAGUGCAGACAUGUUUUAAGAGA